AUGGCGACCCCUGGCAUGCUCUACGUUACUAUGCAGCCGAAGCCAGAUCUGGCUCUCGAGCAGUUCCACGAGUGGUACAAUAACGAGCACGGCCCGACUCGCUUGCGUCUCCCCCAAAUCUUCACCAACGGCCUGCGAUACCGCGCCAACGACGGUAAGGAGCCGACCUUCCUCGCCAGCUACGACGUCACCUCCAUGUCUCAUUUGGAGACGCCAACCUACACAACCCUCCGAGCAAACCGAUCUUCGCGCGAGGCCGAAACCAUCGGCCAGGUCGAUGUCACGAGAUACUUCUUUGACUUGGUCAUUGAGCGUCACGCACCCUCAUUUCGCCCAAUUGAGCAGCUCUCUGAUAAAGAGGCCGAGGGGCUCGAGUUGGUGGCCAUUGAGACCACCCUCAACGACGAGACCGCAGAGGCGGACUUCAAGAAGUGGUACGAGGAGGAGCACAUCGACAUGUUGUCCAAGGUGCUCGGCUGGCUGAGGACGAGAGUCUUCAAGAUCUCCAGUCUCGGAGACGGUGCUGGCGCCAAGUCCACCUUCUUCGUCCUCCACGAUUAUGCGCGAGAGAACGGUCUGGGAGGCCCUGAGCACAAGGCCUCUACCGCUACACCACGCGCUGCCGGCAUCGCCAAGCACGUCAAGGCCAUGAAUCGCCGUACCUACUCUCUCUUCUACGUCUUUGGCCCCGCACCCCGCGACCUGCACAACCUGGCCAAGUUGCCUGCCUCUACCGCUAGCUGGACGUCGCCCGAUGGCAAGACCAAGACGACGCCAGGUGAGAAUGAGGCCAUCAGCUCUUACAUCACAGCAGAGGACAGCCUCUCUAUUCCCUACAGGCUCGAGGGCAACCCGUCCCCCGAAGCACCAACUGUGGCCUUCUGCAACUCCUUGUUGACGUCGCUGCACAUGUGGGAUCCCGUUGUCGAUAUCUUGAAGCAGAAGCGCCCGGAUCUCCGCAUUCUACGAUACGACACCCGUGGUAGACACUCAAUCCCCAGCCCGCCUGUCCCGGCCACGCUCGACUUGUUGGCUUCUGAUCUGCGCACCGUCCUAGACGCUCUGCGUAUCCCUAAGCUGCAUGCCCUCAUCGGUGUGUCGAUGGGAGGUGCCACCACCACAAACUUUGCUCUGAAGUAUUCCGAUCGGCUGGAAAAGUUCAUCGCCUGUGACUUCAAUGCCACUUCGAGCGCUGCCAACACCCAGGCGUGGAAGGAUCGCAUCGCGGUCGCGCAGGAAGACGACGGGGCCGGUAUUGCCAAGCUGGCGCAGCAAACGGUAGGUCGUUGGUUCCACCCGGCGACAAUGGAGAAGGAAGACGUCGUCAAGUCGAUGACGCAGAUGGUGGCUGCCAACGACGUGACCGGUUUCGAGUACAGCUGCCAGGCUCUGUGGGACUACGAUCUGAAGCCGGCGUUGGGCUCGUGCAGAGUGCCCGGCUUGUUGGUCGUCGGAGACGGUGACGGCAAAGGCGCCCUCGUGAAGGCGAUGGACGGAUUCAAGGGCCUGGUCGGAGAGAAGGGCGUCGAGUUGAAGAUUGUCCCAAACGCCGGCCAUCUCCCAAUGUGGGAAUCCCCUGCGGCAUUCUGGGAAGCUAUCCAAGAUUUUGUCUAG